GGAAGCGGUGGCUGUGGUGGUGCCGGCUAGGGGUGAGGAACCGAGCUCCGAGACCUGGGGCUUGUGAACCCGGUGAUGGAGCCAGGCCCUACAGUGGCGCCGCGGAAGUCGUCGUCGCUGCGGUGGCUGCCGCUAGUGACGCUGUUGUGGUCCAGGCUGGCCCUGGGCGCGCUCCCCUUCCCGGGCAGCCCGCGCGGGGUCUCUCCGGACCUCUGGUCGGAGCAGCAGUUGCUGGAGGUGGAGGACCUGACCCUGUCUCUGCUGCGGGGUGGAGCCCUGGGACCGCUGUCGCUCCCUCCGGACCUGCCCGAUCUGGAUCCCGAGUGCCGGGAGAUGCUGCUGGACUUCGCCAACAGCAGCGCAGAGCUGACCGGGUGUCUUGUGCGCAGCGCUCGGCCCGUACGCCUCUGUCAGACCUGCUUCCCGCUCUUCCAACAGGUCGCCGGCAAGAUGAACACCAUCAGCCGCGCCGUGGGGAAUACGUCAGAAAGUCAGAGCUGUGCCAGAAGUCUGUUAAUGGCGGAUAGGAUGCAAGUAGUUGUAAUUCUCUCUGAGUUUUUUAAUUCCACAUGGCAGGAGGCAAAUUGUGCAAAUUGUUUAACAAACAACAGUGAAGAAUUAUCGAACGCUACAGUAUCUUUCCUCAACCUGUUUAAUCAAACCUUGACCUGCUUUGAGAGUAACCUUCAGGGGAGCACACACAGUCUUCUACCACCAAAAAAUUACUCAGAGGUGUGCAAAAGCUGCCGUGAAAAAUACAAAAAUCUAAGUAAUCUGUACAGUGAAAUGCAAAAAAUGAAUGAACUGGAGAAUAAGGCUGAACCUGGAACACACUUAUGCAUUGAUGUAGAAGAUGCAAUGAAUAUUACUCGAAAACUCUGGAGUCGAACUUUCAACUGCUCGGUCCCUUGCAGUGACACAGUGCCUGUAAUUGCUGUUUCUGUGUUCAUACUCUUCCUCCCCGUCGUCUUCUACCUUAGUAGCUUCCUUCACUCGGAACAAAAGAAACGCAAACUCAUCCUACCCAAACGUCUAAAAUCUAGUACCAGUUUUGCCAAUAUUCAAGAAAAUUCAAACUGAAAUCUACAAAAUGAAGAUUGGACAUACCACAUGGCUAUGUGAUGAAAGAUACAGCUUGGUGAGAAAGAAGAGAAAUGAUCUGACAAGUCAACUUACUAAGAAAUGCAAGGAAUUAGAAUUUCUUGUUGAAUAAGAAUUUUCAACUUUUCUUUUUCUUUCUACCUUUUUUUUUUUUUUAAGGAAUUGGAUUUGUUAAUUUCCAAACGUGAUUAUCUAUUUUAAAGUGUAUUUGUUACAAUAACAAAAUAUACAAGGAAAACUUUUAUUUUGUGGAAUAUUAAUACUACUUGAGACUAAACAUUUAAAAAUUAAUGUUAUAGCAAAGUCUUUGAAAAAGAAAUCUACUUGCUAAAUGGUAGCAGAUCCAAAGAUUAAUUCCGAUUACUCCUUGUUCCAGUAUUACUGUUAGGGUUAUAUUUAAUAUGUCAUAUGUACAAUAAUAUAUAACUCAAUGUCUAGUUUCCAUAAUGUUGUUUUUGAAACCACUAAUUAUAAAUAUCCUUAACAAUUUUUAGGAGUGGUGAGCCGCAUUGCAUUUAUCUUUGUAAAAAGAUUUAUGGUUGGGACCGGGGAGAUGGCUCAGUAAAACAAGUGCUUCCCUGGCAAGCGCAAGGGCCUGAGUUCAAUCCCUGGUUCUG